UAGUAUGAAUUUCAUACCAGCCUUUGAUGGCAAAUUCGUGUUUGUGUGCAGUCCUCAGUCAGUAGAUCAUCCUUCCACCACCUUCACUCUUUUAUAUAAUUUCAUUCAGCUGUCGGGCAUAUUAAUAUUUUCCUUUGUCUGCAUUUUGUAAUUGUUUAAAGUUGAAGUUAGCAUAUCUCAUAAAAAGCGUACAUUUUUUUCAAAUACUAGGAUGAAGAACCUACUUAUUUACUCAUUCAUAAUAUGUGUAACAGGUGGUUUACUCGUGGCUGCAGAUACAGAGUACAAAGUGACCUCUGGGAACAAGACGGUGCAUGUUUUCUGGACCAUGAACAGCCUUGAGGACACCCACAUUCUACGAUGUACUACUGAAGGGUCUCCCUUGCAGCUCUCUUUAAAAUGGGCCCUAGGUGAAGAGCGAAAGGAAUUUUUUGGGAAUGCCACUAUCCACGUGGACACAAAAAAUGGGGCAGAAAUCAAAAUGAAUUUCACUAAAAUAGAUUAUGAAAUCAUUAAUGAAUUUUACUGCUUGGCGUAUGACCCAGCAAAUAAUAUCACCAUAAGUGAGGCCGUAUUCGACAUUCAUGUUUUAGAGACCAUCUCGGGCUGGAAUGUCUUUUGGAUGUCGAUGUUCUUGGUCGCUUUUGUCGUAAUGGCGGUAGGAAUUUGCAGGGGCCUUAAAUUCAACCAAUAUUCCACACUGAUUGAAACAUGAGCAGGGGUUACCAUUCACAAAUCAAUCAUCUUAAUCCGCUUUAUCUACAUACUUACCUGAACCAUGACCAUAUUGUCAAGAAGCAAGACUGAUAAUUCAAGUUAGAAACUUGGUGCUUUUAUUAUAUUUUCUUUUAUCUUUUGAUAUUGUAUUUUACUAUGCAAUAGACUAACUCAUUUGACAAUCAUUGUUCCAUAAUACUUGUCAAUUUUUUUUCAAUAAUAGUAAUAUUUAAUAUAUAUGACAUAAACAAA